AUGAGAGAUCACCGUGGAUACACGCCGCUACAGUGGGCAGUAGAGUACGGGCGCGAGGCUGUAGUCAAGCUGCUGCUUGAGACGGGCAAGGUCGACGUUAAUGCGAAGAAUUGCUUGGGAGACACGCUGCUAUAUUUGGCAAUAAUACAGAGGAAGGAAGCUAUAAUCAAGCUGCUGCUUGAGACGGGCAAGGUCGAGGUUAAUGUGAAGAAGAAGAAUGGACAGUCGCUGCUAUGGAAUGCGGCAGAGGAAGGGUACGGGGCUGUAGUCAAGCUGUUGCUUGAGACGGGCAAGGUCGACGUUAAUGCGAAGGAUAUGCUCUUCCAAAAAACGCCGCUAUGGAUUGCGGCACAGAACGGGCACGGGGCCGUUGUCAAGCUGCUACUUGAUACAGGCAAGGUCGAGGUUGAUAUGAAAGAUUAUAGUGGAAAGACGCCGCUACAGUGGGCAGCAGAGAACGGGCAUGAAGCUGUAGUUAAGCUGCUGCUU